CAGCGCUGGCAUAUCUAAUACAGCAGCCACCAUCGACGGCACCGGUACAUCUACCGCAGGACCAACCACCGGCAGCGCUGGCAUGUCUACUACAGCAUCCACCAUCGACGGUACCGGUACAUCUACCGCAGUACCAACCACCGGCAGCGCUGGCAUGUCUACUACAGCAUACACCAUCGACGGCACCGGUACAUCUACCGCAGUACCAUCCACCGGUAGCGCUGGCAUGUCUACUACAGCAGCAACCAUCGACGGCACCGGUACAUCUACUGCAGUACCAACCACCGGAAGCGCCGGCAUGUCUACUACAGCAGCCACCAUCGACGGCACCGGUACAUCUACCGCAGUACCAACCACCGGCAGCGCUGGUAUGUCUACUACAGCAGCCACCAUCGACAGCACCGGUACAUCUACCGCAGUACCAACCACCGGCAGCGCUGGCAUGUCUACUACAGCAUCCACCAUCGACGGCACCGGUACAUCUACCGCAGUACCAACCACCGGCAGCGCUGGCAUGUCUACUACAGCAUCCACCAUCGACGGCACCGGUACAUCUACCGCAGUACCAACCACCGGCAGCGCUGGCAUGUCUACUACAGCAAACACCAUCGACGGCACCGGUACAUCUACCGCAGUACCAACCACCGGCAUCGCUGGCACGUCUACUACAGCAUCCACCAUCGACG